CGAGUCUUCGACGUCCGUACAAUUCGCGUAGAUGACAAAUCGCGUACCGAGUAUAUAUCGUUUCACGUUAUAUAUCGUUAUAUAUCGUUUCACGGCGAUAAUACCGUCGCGAGGAUUUUAGCAACGUUAAGUAACCGAGUACCGAGUGAACAUGUUAACGAUGCUUUGGGCAACUGAUUUCAACUUAGAUCCGAAAUUCGUGCUUUAUUAUAUAUUCUUUAGUCUGUGUAUGUCAUAUAUCUGGCACAUAUACAAGUUUCGCAGAGAUAAAGAUAAGAAGAAGGUAAUAGAAGAUACGUUCACCCGCGAAGCUACUUUGGAAACCGUUACACCGUGCCGAAUGACGCAGUCGCAAUUAAUAAAGGAGUCGUUAGAUUUACAAGAGGGUGCUCAAGCUGUCAAUCAAUCAAGCAUCGAAGGAUCAAAUGAUGACCCUGAAACAUUAAGUGAUCCUGACCAGGAUACUAUUGCAUCACUGCGAAGGCAGUUGUUCUUAAGAAACAAAAGAUUGUCUGCUUUAUAUCGCAGAAGGGUUUCAUUCUCCGAUGCAUUAGCAAGCGAUAAUGAUCAAAGAAGAAAUGCAUGUAAUAAUGUUGCAACAAAUCAAACUUCCAAUAAUUCUUGGUUAAUACUGAACAAUAAUAACAGAAUUGAAAACAGGGAGUUUCAAGACAGACAAUCUCACAGCAAAAGAGAACAGACAUUUACUGUGUCCCAAGAAAAUGUUACAACCCCCAAUGAUUUAACAUUUAUCAUCAAACCACAAACAAAUAACAAUAUUAAUCUUGAGUUACCAAAGGGACAAUCAUUGAUAGUAAGAGGUGCGACGGUUACUCCAUUGAAAGAGAAUGUUGUAAAUUCUGUUCAUUCAUUAAGUAGUACAAGGACAAAUAAUAGAAUAAAAAAGGAGAAUAAAGAAAGAAAGCCUUUCUCUGUUGAAGGUCCAUCUGCAGCAGUUUCAUUGGGUCCACGGUAUCUUGCUGAAACAAAUAACAGUGUUACUUUGUCUCAACCUCGGCAUCAUAGUGAUAUCAUUGCACCUGUAGGAGAAAAAAAUGUAACACAUGAUACUAAAUUUAAAGAAAAUUCUCUAAUUGUUAGUCAAUUGAAUUCUGGGAAUUUAAGCAAAAGUAAUCAAAGUAGUAUCGUGUCUCAAGAAAAGAAAGCAGAAGAUACAACACAAGAAAAGAAAGAAAAUAUAAAUAAAAUAGAAAGUACAUAUCACAGGAAUAUUCAUACAGAAUAUAUAACGAACUAUUUGAAUGAUAAAACUUCAAGUGAUAAAACUGAUAUUUCACGUCGAAGUUUGUCUCCAUCAGUUAUUUGUAAACCAAAUAAUAGCAACUUAAUUACAUCGGAAGCUACUGCUAAUACUGCUGAGAAAUCAUUUGAAUCUCCAAAUUUCGAUUCACAGGCUGGGAAAAAGUUAAGUGAAAAUUCCAACGAAAAGCUCAAUAACCAACUCACAAGACAGCCUUGUAAGCAGCCUGGUGAUCCGCCUGGUAGCCAGCUCAGUGAUCCACCUAGUGGCCAACUCAGUAACAAGCCCAGUGACCAGCAGCCCAGUAACCAAGCGAAUAAAUCAACUAUUGGUUCUAUAUCUCAAGAAGUACACUUACAGUUAGCACUAUCAAACGAAGACGAGACACAUGUGUCCAUACCAAAUGUAUUAAUACCUGUGAAAGCAAGGAGAAGAAAAGAAGAAAAGUGCAGUCAGCAGAAGUUGGUGAAAUUUUCAAUAAACGGCGUUGAAUAUAACAUCGACAGAAUGAAGAAAGUAAAAAUUGCGAUCAUUGGAGCGGGUGCAUCUGGCAUCGCAGCUGCCUCAAGACUAUUGCAAGAGGGAGUAGACGAUUUCGUGCUAUUAGAGGCUAACGAUAGGAUAGGUGGCAGAAUAAACACUGUUAAUUUUGGCAGUAACGUGGUGGAUCUUGGAGCUCAAUGGGUACACGGUGAGACAGGAAAUAUAGUAAAUGAGUUUGCUUCCAAGCAUAAUCUUCUGGGCUCAUUCUGCACUUUCUUCAACCCCAGCAAACACGAGUUUUUCACCAUCAGUGGUGAAAAGAUACCUAAGGAAGAAAGCAUUGAAGCUCUCACGAUUUAUUACAACAUGAUGAAAGAAGCACCUAAUGAACUCGGCGAGACCGAAGGAUCCUUUGGAGAUUAUUUCAGGGAGAACUUUUACAAGAGUUAUUCGGAAAAGCCUUUCGUUAGUCGCAAUCGUGCUGCUCAAUUUUUCUCUUGGAUGCAAAAGGUGGAAUGUUCCGUAGAAUGCAGCGACUCAUUGUCCGACGUUUCCGCCAAACGUUUGGCGGACUACUGGGAGUGCGAGGGCGAUAGUGUGCAGAAUUGGAAGGAUCGUGGUUACAAAACUCUCUUCGAUCUUUUGAUGAAAAAGAUUCCGAAUGCAGAGAAUAGCUUGCCAGUGAUGGAGAAGAUAGAGUUUAAUAAAGUCGUGACAACUAUUGACUAUAGUUCCGAGGAAGGCGUCAUAGUGACGACCAGUGACGGUUGGAAGUACAUCGCGUCGCAUGUUAUUUUCACUGGGUCUCUCGGUGUCUUAAAGAAGAAACAUUCCACAAUGUUCGUGCCAUCUUUGCCGUCGAGAAAAAAAUGCGCGAUAAGGGGACUAUGUAUCGGAACAGCCGACAAGAUCUUCAUGGAAUUUCCACACAAAUGGUGGUCAGAAGAUACCGUCGCCAUCAAUUUGGUCUGCCUCGAGGAGAAUAAGAAGUUGUUCUUGCAAAAAUACGGCGAAGAAUACCGUUGGCUCUGUGACGUGUUCUCCUUUUACACCGUUGAUUAUCAGCCGCGCAUUCUGUGUGCCUGGAUUGUUGGCAAGUAUGCUAGAUACAUGGAAACCUUAUCGGACUCUGAAGUGACCAAUGGAUUGUAUUGGUUAUUGUACGAAUCAGUCGGGAAAUAUUAUAACAUUGUACAGCCAAUAAAGAUACUGAGGUCCAAAUGGUUCACAGACGAACAUUUUCAAGGCUCAUAUACCUUUCAAGGCAUGAAUACCGAAGACCUGAAUGUAAAACCGAGCGAUUUGGCUGAACCAAUUGUAAUGAACGGAAAGCCCGUAAUUCUUUUCGCCGGAGAAGCCACACACGAUCAUUAUUAUUCCACUGUGCACGGUGCUGUGGAAACUGGUUUCCGCGAAGCAAAUCGUUUACUUGAUUUCAAUCAGAGAACGCGCGAUUGCUUAGAUCAACUGGUCCACAACGUCAACAACAUACAUAUAGGCGAGAAUGAGCAGGCGAUGUACGAUGCGUACAAUGAGAGGACGACAAUUGUGAUAGUAGGCGCAGGAAUCGCAGGCAUCGCUGCAGCUAGAACACUACAGAAUGCAGGAUUGGACUUCAUUAUCCUCGAGGCUGAAGAUAGAAUCGGAGGCAGGAUUCAUUCGGUUCAACUGGAUGACGGCUGGAUAGAACUCGGGGCGCAAUACCUGCACGGUGACCAGAGCCAGCUGGCAGAAUAUUGCCGCGAGAAGGACUUACUGUCACGUUUCUUUGGCACGGACGGCGAAGGAUUGUACUUACGUGAUAAUGGAUGUACAAUUUCGUCGGGCACAGUCUUGGCGUGUGACGUCAACGAUGCCAUACACGACGCUCUGCACAGCAGUGAGCAAUUUUUCAAGCAGAAGAUUGAGAAAAUAUCCGACGGUGAGAGUGUCGGUACCUACGUGAGAAAGAACUUCGACAAGUAUUUGUCCGAAUGUAACGAUCCUCCGCCAGUUAGAAGAAUGAAGGAGGAGAUCUUCGAUUUUAAAAUGCGGUAUCUUCAAGUGGACAACAGCUGUGAUUCGAUGUACGAUUUGUCCGUGAAGAUGUGGGGACAGUAUGAGAUCGCCGGCAAGGACAAGUACCAGAUGUUCAAGGAAGGUUACGUAUCAUUAUUGGACAGUCUCGGCAAGGACAUAGCCUUGGAUAAGUUUCGGCUGAACUGUCCCGUAGAAUCCAUUCACUGGCGCAGUUCCAUCCCCUCUCAGAGGGAUUCAGCGAUCCUCGUAAGAACCCGCGAAGAUAAGCGAAUCUUAUGUGACGCCGUGAUCGUCACCUGCUCGCUCGGUGUUCUCAAGAGCUGCCAUGAGAAGAUGUUUCACCCACCGUUACCGUUCCGUAUGAGGUGCGCCAUCAAGAAUCUCGGUUUCGGGGUGGUCAACAAGAUCAUCCUGCGUUAUGAUCACCCCUGGUGGUACGCUCCCGUGACCGGCUUCCAAAUAUUGCCGAUCCACGACCGGCCUGAGAUGCCACCAUUGCCACAGUGGACUAAGAAUAUCACAGGAUUCGAUGUUCUGCCAAAUCACACGUCUAUAUUGGUAGGAUGGAUCUCGGGGGAAGGAGCACGCGCUAUCGAAAGUAUCCCCGAAGUGACGAUCGGAUUACAUGUCACGGCGUUGUUGUCGCGAUACAUGAAUCGUUCGAUUCCACCGCCGACGGAUUGUUUCAGAAGCAAGUGGUACGCUAAUGAGUACAUUAGAGGUGGUUAUUGUAACAUUACAACAAGCUGCGAGAACGAAGAUGUAUCGACGUGCACGUUGUCCGAGCCGAUCUGGGCGGAAGUGAAAGACGAACCCUUCACCCAGAUUCCGGUCCUAAUGUUAGCCGGCGAGGCUACACAUGACCGUUACUUCUCAACGGUACACGGAGCUUACGAGACCGGGAUUCACCGAGCCAAGCUAUGUUCACUGUACUACAGAAAAUCCAUGUAACCAAGGUCCCUCCAAGAAAAAGAACAUUACCAGACUCAGUGCAGGCAUUGCAAACAAUCCUUUCCUCCAACGACCCGUGA